AUGUCUGCGCCAGCAGAACCACUGACCCAGGUCGUGGUGGCCGAUGCAGAAAAGUUGCAAGCGGCCUCCAGCUCGUCCGCCUCGGCAGACGGUGAGGAGGCCAAAGCCGCAGACCCGACUUUGCAACCACCGCCAACGGAACCGAAAAAGAAAUGGUACCGCCGACUGAAUCCGCUGCGAUGGCAGAAGCUCCCCCCCGUGCCGGAGGAGCGCACGCCGUCGCGCGAAUACGGCGCUUCGUUCUUUAGCACCAUCUCGUUUCAAUGGAUGUCCCCUCUGAUGCAGGUGGGCUAUCUGCGACCCCUCGAGCUGCAGGAUAUCUGGACGGUGAAUCCCAACCGGGCCGUCGAUGUGUUGUCAGAACGGCUGGAGGCUGCGCUGGAGAACCGGAUGAAGAGCGGGAAAGAACGUGCGCUGGUAUGGGCGCUGUACGAUACUUUCAAAUUCGAGUUCGUGCUGGGCGGUGUCUGCCAGUUCUUCAGCUCGCUCCUCCUAGUCUUUGCGCCCUAUUUGACUCGCUACCUGAUCGCGUUUGCCACCGAGGCAUGGAUUGCCAAGGAAAACGGCCUCCCUGCUCCCCAUAUUGGGCGUGGUAUGGGGUUUACUGUUGGUAUAACACUCAUGCAAGCAUGUCAGAGUAUGUGUACGAACCAGUUUAUAUACCGGGGCCAGAUGGUUGGCGGGCAGAUCCGAGCUGUCCUGAUUUCACAAGUCUUCAACAAGGCCAUGAGACUGUCGGGCCGGGCAAAGGCAGGAGGCAAGGCGACGGAUGAAGAAAUCAAAAAUUUGGAAGCGACCAAGAACGCCCUUUUGAAGUCGGACGGGAAGAAGAAAAAAGAUCCCAAGGCUGCCGCUGCCGCCCCUCAGGGCGUGGCAGGCGAUGGCCGAGGUUGGAACAAUGGCCGUAUCGUGGCCCUGAUGAGUAUCGACGUCGACCGAAUCAAUUUGGCCUGCGGCAUGUUCCACAUGAUGUGGACCGCGCCCAUUACCAUCAUCGUGACCCUGAUUCUUCUCUUGGUUAAUAUCGGGUACAGUUGUCUGGCCGGAUAUGCCCUGCUGGUCUUCGGAGUCCCCUUCUUGACCUACGCGGUGCGAUUCUUGGUGAAACGCCGGAGAAACAUCAACAAGAUCACCGACCAACGGGUUUCAUUGACACAAGAAAUCUUGCAAGCGGUGCGAUUCGUCAAAUACUUCGGCUGGGAAAGUAGCUUCUUGAGCCGCCUCAAGGCUAUUCGAAAACGGGAGAUUCGAUCCAUCCAGACCUUGCUGGCCGUCCGAAACGGAAUUCUGUGCGUGUCGCUGGCUAUUCCCACUUUCGCCUCGAUGCUGGCCUUCAUCACCUACGCUCUGUCGAAACAUGACCUGAACCCGGCCCCGAUCUUCUCGUCUCUGGCGUUGUUCAACUCGCUCCGGAUGCCACUGAACAUGCUGCCGAUGGUUAUUGGCCAGGUCACGGAUGCUUGGACUGCUCUUAACCGGAUUCAAGAAUUCCUUCUGGCCGAGGAGCAAAAGGAGGACAUCGAAAAGGAUGAGAAGAUGGAGAAUGCUAUUGAGAUGGAGCAUGCAUCGUUCACCUGGGAACGCUUGCCCACGGAUAAGGAGGAAGACAAGACCGGGAAGAAGAAGGCCGACAAGGCGGCGCAUGCGGCACCAGCGCUUAAGAGUGACGACAACACGGCCGAUGAGACUCCCGUCGAACCAUUUAAGCUGAACGACCUGACUCUCGAGGUGGGACGCCAUGAGCUGAUUGCAGUGAUUGGCACGGUAGGUUGCGGCAAGAGCUCUCUGCUCUCAGCACUGGCUGGUGAUAUGCGAGUGACGGAUGGUUCUGUUCGCCUAAGCACAACGCGGGCAUUCUGUCCGCAGUAUGCAUGGAUUCAGAACACCUCCGUUCAGAAGAAUAUUCUAUUUGGAAAAGAAUAUGACGAAGACUGGUACAACAAAGUGAUUGAUGCCUGCGCCUUGGCUCCGGAUCUUGAGAUUCUCCCCCAUGGCGACCAGACCGAGAUUGGCGAGCGCGGAAUUACGGUAUCGGGUGGCCAGAAGCAGCGCCUGAACAUUGCUCGUGCCAUUUACUUCAAUGCCGAACUCGUGCUCCUGGAUGAUCCUUUAUCGGCGGUCGACGCACAUGUCGGGCGCCACAUCAUGGACAAAGCUAUUUGUGGCCUUCUGAAGGACCGGUGUCGGAUUCUGGCAACUCAUCAGCUCCAUGUCCUCAGUCGAUGUGAUCGGGUUGUUGUCAUGGACGAGGGACGCAUCCAGGCGGUCGAUACCUACGAUAACCUGAUGCGGGACAAUGAAGUUUUCCAGCGGCUCCUGUCCACGACGGGACAGGAGGACUCGAGCGAGAAGACAGAAGAGACUGCUGAAGAGGAGCCCGAUGAGAAGAAGGUGGACGAAAAGACGCCAGCAGCGCCCGGAAAGCCAGCCGCCGCAUUGAUGCAGCAAGAGGAAAAGGCCACGGCCUCGGUUGGGUUCGAUGUGUGGAAGGCAUACAUCAAAGCCUCUGGAAGCUCUCUCAAUGCUUUUGUCAUAAUGUUUCUGCUGGCGAUGGCCAACGUCGCCAACAUUUGGACCAGUCUAUGGCUCUCCUACUGGACGUCCAACAAGUACCCGAGCCUGUCGACCGGCCAAUACAUUGGCAUCUAUGCUGGCCUAGGAGGCAGCGUUGUUGUACUCAUGUUCGUCUUCUCGACCUAUAUGACCACAUGCGGAACAAACGCCAGCAGAACAAUGCUGCAGCGCGCAAUGACUCGUGUGCUUCGAGCGCCGAUGUCUUUCUUCGACACCACACCGCUCGGACGAAUCACCAACCGCUUUUCGAAGGAUAUCCAGGUGAUGGACAAUGAACUGUCGGAUGCUAUGCGUAUCUACGCAUUGACAAUGACCAUGAUCAUUUCCGUCAUGGUCCUGAUCAUUGUCUUCUUCCACUACUUUGUCAUUGCUCUUGCUCCACUGUUUAUCCUAUUCCUUCUGGCCUCCAACUACUACCGAGCCUCAGCCCGUGAGAUGAAGCGACACGAAGCAGUUCUGCGGUCGAUGGUCUAUGCACGAUUCGGUGAAGCCAUUACUGGUACCGCAUGCAUUCGAGCUUAUGGGGUGGAGCACCAGUUCCGGCGCAGUAUCCGUGAUUCGAUCGACGUGAUGAACGGGGCGUAUUUUUUGACCUUUUCCAACCAGCGCUGGCUUAGCGUGCGUCUGGAUGCCGUGGCGACCUCGCUCGUCUUUGUGACGGGUGUUUUAGUCGUCACCUCUCGAUUUAAUGUCUCCCCCAGCAUCUCUGGACUGGUGCUCUCAUACAUUCUUUCCAUUGCACAGAUGCUGCAAUUUACUGUCCGCCAGCUUGCCGAGGUGGAGAACAACAUGAACGCUACCGAGCGCGUUCACUACUACGGAACCCAGUUGGAAGAGGAGGCACCCUUGCAACUCACCCCCGUUGCUUCUAGUUGGCCUGAGAAGGGCCGCAUUACAUUUGACAACGCACAUAUGCGGUACCGCGCGGGCCUCCCACUUGUCCUUAAGGGGCUCACCAUGGAUGUGCAGGGUGGCGAACGUAUCGGAAUUGUGGGACGAACGGGCGCCGGCAAGUCGAGUAUCAUGUCCGCGCUGUUCCGUCUGACGGAGCUGUCCGGUGGUUCUAUCAAGAUCGAUGGAAUCGAUAUUGCUACUGUUGGUCUCCAUGACCUUCGUUCUCGCCUGGCCAUCAUUCCUCAGGACCCGGCGCUGUUCCGGGGCACGAUCCGCUCGAACUUGGAUCCAUUCAAUGAGCAUGGGGAUUUGGAACUGUGGACCGCGCUGCGUCAGGCUUACCUGAUCGGUCAGGACUCGGUAGAACCUGACGCAGAAGGACUGCCAAGCGGCCCUGCUAGUGGCACCGUGACGCCAGCCACGGGCAGUGAUUCAAAGCCACAGCAGCAUAGCAAGCUCACGCUUGAGAGUCCCGUUGACGAGGAAGGUCUCAACUUCUCUCUGGGGCAGCGGCAGCUGAUGGCGCUCGCACGGGCACUGGUCCGACAGGCUCGGAUUAUCGUCUGCGACGAGGCAACCUCCUCUGUUGACUUCGAGACCGACCAGAAGAUCCAGCGCACGAUGGCACAGGGAUUCCACGGCAAGACGUUGCUGUGCAUUGCGCACCGCCUGCGUACGAUCAUUCACUACGACCGUAUCUGUGUCAUGGACCAAGGCCAGAUCGCCGAGAUGGACACACCAGUUGCGCUGUGGGAUCGGACGGAUGGGAUCUUCCGAGCAAUGUGUGAUCGCAGCGGAAUUACGCGCGAGGAUAUUCUAAUGGCGGACUAA